AAAAUAAUCGGUGAUUAAUCGAUUAUAAAAAUAAUUGUUUGUGGCAGCCCUACUCUGGAUACCUGCCUACAGUUAUGUAUCACUCUUUCGUUUUCUCUCUCAGUCCCCUCCCCCUGUUCCUCUCCUCCUUUUUAUGAAAGAGUCAGCAGUCUGGCUGAAAUGAGCGAUGCCUUCCCACACAUACAUUGAGUGCUGUUGCCCCGUCUGAGCUAAUCGCAGAGUCUGUGUGUGCGUUCCCAGCUGCAGCUUCAGCACUGAGGAUAUGUUGCUUCCUGUGGGCUGCCGGGCAGCCCGGGCUCGCUCUGCCGCAUGCCUCCUACCGCCACCAUUACGCAGAGGAAUUCCCUGCUGUCUCCGCUGCCGCUUCUCACAGACGGUGUGAGUGUGGGUUAGAGAGAGGAGCUGCAAGGCGACAGACAGAGGACAGGGUUGGAUCUCACUUUGGAUUUUACGUGAAGAUGUGCAGUGUUUGUUCACGUGGAAAACACUUUUUAUGGGAUCCUUUGCUGACCUUGGUGUUACAGGACUGCGCACAGAUGUAAAAAGAACACAGUGUAUCUAUGUGUGUGUGAGCGUGUGUGUUUUGUAUGAGUGUCUGUUCCUGAUGCGGUCCGAACGGGCUAGCCGUGUGUGUAUCGUGGUGUUGGAGGAGGUGGAGGAGGAUGAGCCCUGUUCUUCAUCCCCUCCUCCUCCUCUGCCCAAAUCAUCUCUUUACCGCAGAUCUCAUCAUGUUUCUAGAAGGGCUGCUGCUCAGGAUGACAAGCCAUCUCUGCUAAGAGCUAUCUUUAAUGUGGACCCAGAUGAAGUUCGCUCUCUUAUAUUCAAGAAAGAGGAUGUCAACAUUCAGGACAACGAGAAGCGAACGCCGCUUCAUGCUGCAGCAUACCUGGGAGACGCUGAGAUUAUUGAGCUGCUCAUCCUUUCAGGAGCUCGAGUUAAUGCCAAAGAUAACAAGUGGUUGACUCCUCUUCACCGAGCUGUGGCUUCCUGUAGUGAGGAUGCAGUGGCAGUGUUAUUAAAGCACAGUGCGGACGUAAACGCUCGGGACAAAAACUGGCAGACGCCGCUGCACGUAGCAGCAAGCAACAAGGCCGUUCGCUGUGCCGAGGCUUUGGCCCCACUUCUAAGCAACGUSAACGUAUCUGACCGGGCGGGACGCACCGCCCUGCACCACGCUGCCUUCAGUGGACAUGUAGAGAUGGUGAAGUUGCUGCUGUCCAGAGGGGCCAACAUUAAUGCAUUUGACAAGAAGGAUAGGAGAGCCAUCCACUGGGCAGCCUACAUGGGUCAUCUGGAAGUUGUGAAGUUACUGGUUGCCAGUGGAGCAGAGAUCGACUGUAAGGACAAGAAGGCCUACACACCGCUUCAUGCAGCCGCCUCCAGUGGGAUGAGCAGCACAGUCCACUACCUGCUAACCCUGGGUGUCCAUGUGAAUGAGGUUAAUGCCUAUGGGAACACACCUCUCCAUUUAGCUUGUUAUAACGGACAAGACGUGGUGGUGGGUGAGCUCAUCGAAGCAGGAGCCAACAUCAACCAAGUGAAUGAGAGGGGUUUUUCUCCUCUUCACUUUGCCUCUUCCUCACGCCAAGGUGCGCUGUGCCAGGAGUUGCUGUUGGCCCAUGGAGCACACAUCAACUUGAAGAGUAAGGAUGGGAAGACGCCCCUUCAUAUGGCAGCUACACAUGGGAGGUUCUCCUGCUCCCAGACCCUCAUUCAGAACGGAGCUGACAUCGACUGUGAAGAUAAAAGCAGAAACACUGCCCUUCACAUUGCUGCCCGCUACGGCCACGAGCUCAUCAUCACAGCACUCAUCAAACACGGAGCCAACACUGUCAAGAGAGGCAUUCAUGGGAUGUUGCCGCUACACCUGGCAGCUCUCAGCGGCUUCGCAGAUUGUUGCAGGAAGCUGCUGUCCUCAGGGUUUGUCAUAGACACCCCUGAUGACUUUGGAAGGACCUGUCUUCAUGCUGCUGCAGCUGGAGGGAACCUGGAGUGUCUGAACUUGCUGUUAAACAUAGGAGCCGACUUUAACAGGAAGGAUAACUUUGGGAGGGCUCCACUGCACUAUGCAUCCGCCAACUGUAACUACCAGUGUGUGUUUGCAUUGGUGGGCUCCGGGGCAAGUGUUAAUGAGUUGGACCAGAGAGGCUGCAGUCCCUUACACUACGCUGCUGCAGCCGACACAGACGGAAAAUGUGUGGAGUACCUGUUGAGGAACGAUGCUGAUCCAGGAGUGAGAGACAAACAGGGUUACAGUGCAGUGCACUAYGCCUCGGCCUACGGACGCAUGCUCUGCCUGGAGCUGAUUGCAAGUGUGCGACCUCUUGACGUGCUACUGGAGACCUCAGGGACAGACAUCCUGAGAGACUCAGAGAGCCAGGCCUCACUCAGUCCACUCCACCUGGCGGCUUACCACGGACACUGUGGAGCAUUAGAGGUCCUCUUGUCGUCCCUGUUGGAUGUAGACGUGCGCAGCCCAGACGGACGCACCCCCCUCAGCCUGGCGUGCUCAAGGGGGCAUCAGGAAUGUGCGUCCCUGCUGCUGCAUCACAGCGCCUCYCCAAUGGCCCGUGACUAUAUCCACAAAAAGACGGCUUUACACGCUGCAGCUAUGAAUGGCCACCCAGAGUGCCUUCACCUGCUUCUGAGCCACAACAACCAACACAUCAACGUGGACGCACAAGACUCCAACGGACAGACUCCUCUGAUGCUGGCAGUGCUGAGCGGACACACAGAGUGUGUGUACUCUUUGCUCAGUCAGGGAGCCUGUGUGGAGACUCAGGACCGCUGGGGCCGGACAGCGCUGCACCGCGGGGCUGUGGUAGGACAGGAGGAGUGUGCGGAGGCUUUACUCCAGCGAGGGGUCAGCGUGUGUGUAAAGGACAUCCGAGGUCGCACCCCGCUGCACCUGGCAUCAGCCUGUGGUCAUGUGGGUGUUUUGGGCACCCUCCUGCAAAACGCCAGCUCACCUCUCACUCACACCCACCUCACAGACAACCAGGGCUACACGCCGCUGCACUGGGCCUGCUACAACGGUUACGAUGCGUGCGUGGAGGUGUUGUUGGAUCACAAAGUGUUCAGGAGCAUAAAAGGCAACUCGUUCAGUCCUCUGCACUGCGCUGUCAUGAACGAUAACGAGGGCGUGGCCGAGAUGUUAAUUGACUGUCUGGGUGAAAGUAUCGUCAACACCGCUGACUCCAAAGGAAGGACCCCGCUUCACGCCGCAGCCUUUUCUGACCACGUGGAGUGUGUUUCCCUUCUUCUGAGCCACGGAGCUCAGGCGAACGUUGUCGACRCUCAAACACACAUGACGCCGCUGAUGAUGGCAGCUCUGAAUGGGCAGACAAACGCUGUGGAGGUGCUCGUUAGCAGCGGUAAAGCCGACCUGUCUCUGCAGGACACAAGCAAGAACACAGCUCUGCAUCUAGCUUGUAGUAAGGGCCACGAAACGAGUGCCUUGUUGAUUCUGGAGAAAAUCGGUGACAAGAACCUCAUCAACUGCACCAACACUGCGCUCCAGACGCCUCUGCACGUAGCAGCCAGAAUGGGACUAACUGUAGUCGUCCAGGAGCUGCUGGGGAAAGGAGCCAGCGUGUUAGCAGUGGAUGAAAACGGCUACACCCCAGCUUUAGCUUGUGCUCCAAACCGCGACGUGGCCGACUGCUUGGCUCUCAUCCUCAACUCGAUGAUGCCCACCUCCCCCAUGGUCACGAUAGCGGCCUUACCCGCCCUGCCUCUCACUCAGACGGUCAUCAACCACCACCCCACCUCAAACCACAUCUCCAAAGGCGUGGCCUUCGAUACCCCACCCGCUCUGAGGCCUGAGCACGCCUCGUACUGCAGGCCCGAGCGGCCGCUGUCCUCCAUUUCUGCAGACGACGAACUGAAUGACUCGGACUCGGAGACGUACUGAGGACUAGACAGAGACCUCUAAAUCUGGCGGGCUAGCCAGCCACUCAGGAGCCUUAAUAGAUAACCGUCAAAGUGGAGAAAAUAGAGCAGGUUAUUUUUAGGUAAGCCUCUUCAAAUCUAAAAAUAGCCUUUAUAUGAACCACAUACCUGUUAUCUUAAGGUGCAUACCCAUUUAGGGAUAAAAAUCUGCACUACAAUGUAAAUGAAAGUGUAAAGUUCCCCUGACAGCACUGUAUGGUCAGUAACACGACCUUUUAUCUUUUCAAAUUUAAAACAGUAUUUUCUUUUAAGAGUUAAUCGUACUGUUUGUGGAUUCUCUCUGGUUUUAAUUCUUUUUCAAAGGUUUUAACCUGUUUCUUACAGGAGUGAUGUAAGGCUCAGAGGAGGGUUUUUAACCCAAUUGUCUAAAGAAACAGGAGGACAGUCUAAUGCAGGGGUCUGCAACCUGCGGCUCUGGGGCCACAUGUGGAUCUUUGGUCUCUCUGCAGUGGCUUUUUGAAAAUGUGGCCAAACAUAACAAAAUAUUU